GACUUCAGUGGAACGUUGAUCAAGACAUCCAACGUAAGGCGUCGCUAUCCUGUGGAAUGGCACCAAUGUGAAAACAUUUAAUUACAAUGGCCUUGAAGACAUUUGCAUUUAACACCACAGAGAUGCAAACGUCCAUACAACCCUAUUCAUGGAGCUGGAAUCCUGCACUUUGCAUAAAAGGGAGCUCUACCAAGCAACUGACACCCUCAGCCAGUCAGUCCCUCAACUCCAGCCAAGAGGGCACCUCCUCCAUUGAAGAGCUGGAAAUAAGCAGCCUAGAAGACCCAUCAUCACGCUUACCCACUCCCUCCACAGCACAGAGACACACAGCUUGGUGGGACCUAGAUCCAGAGAGGCUUGGGUUCACAGUCCAGUGGUCACUGGACAUGUGUCUGCAACAGGAGGCAGGUUCAGCCAAACUCCCCAGCAAUUGGAGGACUGCUGGAGAAGAGGCAUCUGAGAGGUCAGAGUCAGAUGAUGAGCCUCUGGAUUCAGCCUUCCAAUUCAUCGUGAAGCGUCAGCAAAAGACAGGGAAACAUCACGCAGAACUGUUACAACCGAGUUGGAGUGCGUUCGCCUGCUCUCUGAUGAAGUUUCCUUUAAAUUUUGUCUUUUGUAUUUGCAGUUUCCCUCAAAAAUCACUUUCUGGUGAUGCUAACAUUGCUGUAAACACAUCCUGGCUAACAGUGUGA